AUGGCCACCAACAUCGUGUACGUGUGUGGUUGCUUUAUUUUACUCAAUUUUAGAGGAAUUCCUGCCGACUCUGAACAUGGUGAAGCAACAGUGACAUACAAAUCAAACAAUUUUAUGACAGAGAUUGCAAAAAACAAACAUUUUGUCAUGUUUUAUGCUCCAUGGUGUGGUCAUUGCAAGAGGCUGACUCCAACAUGGAAUGAACUAGCAAAGAUUUACAACAAGAACUUGAAGGAUACUCCAGUAAUUAUUGCAAAGGUAGACUGUACAACAGACACAGUUGUGUGUGCGGAACACGAUAUCACAGGCUACCCGACGUUAAAGUUCUUUGACGAUGAUGCGAGCUCUGUACGAUAUAAAGGAAACCGUGACUUGGAGACGCUACAGAAAUACGUGGAGAAGCAGCUCACCUCCGAAGAAGAGGAAGGAGAGAACGUGCCUCCGUCGGAACCGUGGAACAGUUUGGUGGAGCUGGACGAGGCGACGUUUGAGAAACACAUCAAACUCGGCCAGCAUUUCAUCAAGUUCUACGCGCCGUGGUGCGGCCAUUGUAAGAAACUGGCGCCAGUCUGGGAGGAGUUGGCGAAAACACUCGAUUACAACGACAAAGUCACGGUCGCCAAGGUUGACUGUACCGUAAGCAAAACUGUGUGUUCUAUUCAUCACAUCCAGGGCUAUCCCACACUCCUGUGGUUCAAGAACGGACAGGUGCUUGAGCGGUACACGGGACCAAGAACUCUCGAAGCGCUGAAGACCUUUUCUCUCAACAUGUUGGAUAAAGAAGAUCCUGAAGUUUUACGCACGGACGAGAUGAUAGACGUUAACGUAGCAGAACAGGAGGGUGCAGUUCCAUCCCUGACAGAGGAAAACUUUGAAGAAACUUUAUCUGGGGGAUAUGUUUUUGUUAAAUUUUUCGCACCUUGGUGUGGACAUUGUAAGAGGUUAGCCCCAACGUGGGAAGACUUGUCGAAAAAGUUUUCAACUUUUCAAGAUGUCAUCAUAGCUGAAGUGGAUUGUACAAAAUAUGGGAAUUUAUGUCAAAGGAAUGAGGUAAAGGGUUACCCGACACUUGUUCUGUUUUAUAAUGGUGCAAAAUUAGCUGAACACAACGGACCGCGGGGACUGGACGAUAUGUACUCGUUUGUGAUGAACCAGAUAGAGGGCGCUCACGACGAACUCUAGACAGACUAAUUAGCAUAAUUAUAAUUAUUCAUAUAUACAUGGUUUUGAACAAAUUGGUGAUUAUGUGAAACACCCUUUAAAGAGACGUUUCUGAUUUGUCUGUUAUUGUUAAGAUGUUGUCGACUAUCGGAGACCUUUAUUAUAAUUAGUGGGUAAUGUAUUUGACCAUUUGCAGACAAUGAUGCUGGUUUUACUGUCACAAUUUGAGUUUUACGAGUGACGUUAUAUGCAGAUUCGGGGCGAAACGUAGCCCAGUGGUAAAGCACCCGCAUAAUGUGCGGUCAGUUUGGGAUCGAUCCCCAUCGGUGGGCCCAUUGGGCUAUUUCUCGCUCCAGCCAGUGCACCACGACUGGUACAUCAA